GAACUGUCGCAGAUUAUGCACGCCCUUGCUCUUGCAUUUUACGUACGGUUUCCUCCGCGCAAACUCCACACACUCAGAAUUGGUUACAUCGCGAUACUUGGAACAGAGCUGGUCCGAUCGCACGUGAAAAAAUCGAAUGCACAGCCGCUGAAGGUAUACAACAUCGAAAUCCCCUACUGGAUCGUGGAAGCAUACAAAUCGAUCGGAAUGUUCGGUUUUGGAGCCGCCUGUAGCCAGCUGUUGACCGACGUGGGGAAGUACACCAUCGGUCGGUUGCGACCACAUUUCUUUGAUGUUUGCCAACCAAUGAUGCCUGAUGGAACUACCUGUAGAGAUCAGGUAAACCACAAUCGUUACAUCGUAGAUUUCACUUGUACCAGUGCGAAUUCCACGCCUCGUAUGCUGAAAGAGAUGCGCCUAUCAUCCAGUGGUCAUUCCAGUUUUUCGAUGUACACCCUCAUCUAUUGUGCGAUUUAUCUCCAAUCGAGGAUGAACUGGCGAGGAUCGAAGCUGCUGAAGCACUUUCUACAGUUCCUGCUCAUAAUGUUGGCGUGGUACACGUGUUUGAGUCGCAUUUCCGAUUACAAACAUCACUGGUCGGACGUACUAGCUGGAGCGGUUCUGGGUUCCACGGUGGCUAUCGUUGUUUCGAACUACUGCUCCGAUUUGUUCGACGCCCGAAGGAAACGCACAUCUGCUCUACCCCAGACACGCUAUGAGCUUGGCCAGAGUCAUACUACUUCCAACGGAAACCAGCAAUAGCUGAUAGUAAUAGGCAUUACGUAGCAUAUGUGAUUUUUAAAAACUAUUGCCUUUCACGUCGACAGGGGCAAUCGACCUACAAACUAUAUUUAUUAUAUAGUGAUGAACUAAUUUAUUUUACGUAUGAUAAAAGAAGAGACAGCUAUUUAUUGAUUGAAACUGCUGCAUCCUGUAAGAUAAGAUAUUGUU